UAUAAAAUGCACGAUCUUCUUCAAUUUAUCGACAGUAUCAAGACCAGCGUGGUCAAGAAGUGUAGUGUGUGGAUUAGUUUGCCAACCACCAAAUCCAUGCGUCGACCAUUCAAGAUGAGGUCGUUAACGCUGCUGGCCUUCGUGGGCUGUCUCUGUGUGUCUUUGGUUCUAGCGGACGACUCUGUUGCGAUUCGACAAAAACGAAGUCCUGCUCCGUUCUUCUUCAACAAGGGUCACGACCACCAUGAACCAAAGUGCGUUUGGGAGAAGAAGCUGGCCUGGAAGGAGGAUUGGAAGAAGGUCUGGGAGUCGAAAAAGGUCGAAGUAUGGAAGUCCGAGUGGAAAAAGCAGCAGAUCCCGGUCUGGAAGGUGGUGGAAGUUCCGAUCUGGCGCGAAGUGAAGGUGCCAGACUGGAAGAUCAUCAAGAAACCCUACUGGAAGGAAACUGAAAUACCAGCCUGGAAGGAGGUGCAAGUACCGGACUGGAAAAAGGUCAACAAGCCCAUUUGGCGUGAGGUACAGGUCCCGGUCUGGAAGGAAGUUCAGGUGCCGGAAUGGAAACAGAUUUGGGUUCCGGAUACGGUCAAGGUCGGCAUUCCUGGCGAAAAGUACCUAGGCAAGGACGAACACGGUUGGGAGUACACGAGCCAUGAUCUGUGGAAGAAGAAGAUGGUCUGGAAGCCCCUGUGGAAGAAAGUCUGGAAGACGGUAAAGAAAGAGGAGUGGAAAACGGAGAAGAAGCUAGAAUGGAAGGAAGAGUGGGUGCAGGUGUGGCGUACCGAGAAGAAGCAGAUCUGGGUGAAGAAGAAGGAGGAACUGUGGAAGGAAGAGAAGGUCGAGAUCUGGCGCAUCGAAAAGAAACAGGAGUGGGCGACCGAGAAGAAGCUCGAGUGGAAGGAAGAUUGGAAAGAGAUCAAGGUCCCAGCCUGGAAGGAGAUCCAGGUGCCUGCCUGGAAGAAGGUGUGGAAACCGGUCUGGGAAAAGGCCUGUGUACCAGUCAGCCACGGAUGGCAUUAGUCGGAAAAUCACCCUAGAUGUUAGUAAGCACCCAGUAGAACUUUCUAGUAGUUAGCAUGAUAGACAUUGUUGUUAUCUAUCGAUUACCCCUUUCCUAUCCUUUCCCUCAUUAGUUUGUUAUGAUUUCAACUUGUGUUUUGCGUCGUGUUUCGUGCCCUCGUCUGAAGUCGAUAUUUCUUUGUUUAAUUCAUUCUUUUCUCACUCUCUGCUCAUUUCCUACCCUACAUUGUUUCUUGUCUCUUCACUAUUAGCCUGUUUGAAUGCGCACAAGUCUAGAAACAUUCAUUUCAUUUCAUUUCUCCACAUUCGCAUCUGCAUGUUGAGCUGUCCACCACGGGAGAAAUAUUACAUCAUCGCCCGUAUUCAGCAGUUCCCAACACUACUUUCAGUUGAUUUACAGACACGCUGGUCUGGUGUAUCUGUGUGUUUCAACUUCCGACCUGGCUCAAUUGUCCAACUCGCUGCCGCUACCGAAUGGAAGUAACACGAACGACAUUGAGCGCGGGUUAAGGGCUUCAGUUCGAUUUUCAUUUUCCAACUCACUCUCCUAUGACACAGACCAUCGUAAAGAUGAGCGUACCGCGUCCUCCAGCGCAGCACAACGCAGUAAGAGCGUGUAGAUCAUCAGCAUGAGGGUGUGCAAAAGGGUUUCUGGGUUUGAGAUGAAAAAUAAUGAUUUCCUCUCUUUGUUUGAAAAGCAAAAAAAAGAGCAGACAGAAGGAACCCUUCCGCCACCAUUAUCGUGAAUCAAGCGAACACAGCAAUCAUCGCGAUGAUGGCUUUUUCUUUGCUUCACGAUCACUGGGAAAGCGUAGCCUGUCUUGAUUGAUUGUUUUAGCAAACUUGAUCCAAACCAUCGUCAGGAGUUGGAAGAAAAAUGGAUCCUAAUCAAAAGAGCCAUGCUGUUCGAUCAGCAGCACAGUGUGCAAAUAACGCUGACAUUCGGCAUCACCCCUGUGUCUGGUUAAUAUUCGAAGAUGUGUAUUUUGAACGAUUGAUAAUCCAUCGAUUCGUCGUAAUUUGCAGAGUAGUUUAGCAUGUAUGUAACAUGAUAACUUCAAACUAAUUUCACUUUUCAACUCGCACCUUCUUUGGAAGGGAUGAGAUCAUCAGAGCAACAUAAAAAUUAUGUUUUUUUUUCUUGGUUGAAUGAAUCGAUGUGCCGAUCAGGCACGUACAAAUCGAAUCAAAUUUACACGCUCAACACGCAAUAUUUUUUUACCGUUUGUCCAUCUUACACCGCUCAACGCCAAAUUGCAUUGGCGUUGGCUUCUUUUUUAUUAAAUUCGAACAAAUGGACAACAAUCCGGAAGUUUCGUUGCAAAAUUGGAGAUGGACAACACUAGUUUUUUUUUUAUUUCAAAAUGAAAUUUGAUGCAUCGCGUUUUACUUUCCUCUUUCAUUUUUACUUUUCUCCUUCGUCUUCGACUCUGGUAGAUGCAAAUGUGGCAUGAAAUGAGAAAAAAUGAUAAUCUGCUGUUCAUUUCCAGUUAAUCGCUUCAGGAAAAAUGUGCGCAUGAUUGUUGAAUAGUUCAAAUAACUUUAUCCCACCAUGUAACACGCCAAACAACCAGUCAGUCAGCGAAUAGAUGGAAAAAAUGCAUACUUUUGAGAGUAUCAAAUUUUAGGUCGCAGUUGUAGUCAGAAGAAAAUCAUAAAGAAUCAAAUUAGGACGAUUAGGCAAACCGCGACUGUUUAUCUGCCAUAUGAGAUAAGGUAUCUUUUGCCACAUCGCUUCAAAGGACGCAUUGUAGCAGGUGCGAAUACGCGAAUGCGUUCCUUGCCAAUCUUAACCACAACCAUAAACAAACACACCAGUGACAACGCACGCAUACGUUCAAAACGGAAGUACCUCAUGCAAACUAUCACUCAUCGUACCUUUGUAAAUAAUCGUGUAAAUAGUUGUUAUUCCAUUUGUCAAAUUAAAAAAAAAGAUCUGUGAAAAAGAAA